AUGAGGAAGAUAAAAGGGUUUAGAAUCGGUAAACGGAUCCUACGAGUCUCUAAAUGGAUGUUUAGUAAAACCCGGAUCCAUCGUUCCGGGUACAAACGGUUACACCCGACCCGACCCGUUUGCAAGCUGAGCUUACCAAUCACCAAACUCAAAGGUUGGGGACAAAGUAUCAAGCAAAGUUUAAAAUUAUUCGGGUCUACGAAUGGAUCAUCCGGAUACAAACCCGACCCGGUUCCAAAGGGACACUUAGCGGUUUACGUGGGUCAAAAAGACGGUGACUUUCAUAGAGUUUUGGUACCUAUCGUUUACUUUAACCAUCCUUUGUUCGGUGAAUUGCUCAAAGAAUCGGAAAAAGAGUAUGGAUUUUGCCACCAAGGAGGGAUCACUAUCCCUUGUUUGUACUCGGAUUUCGAACGGGUCAAGACCCGAAUUGCAUCCGGGUCGGGUUCUAGGAUAUUUCCAUGA